UCACUUCCGGGCGGGCGGGCGGGGCGGGCCCGGGCGGCCGUCGGGAGCGCUCUGGCUCCGGGUGGUUCUGCUCCACUGCCCGCCACGUCCGCACGCCGGACCGGGACCGCGGGCGCCGCGCGCCGUCCGAGGGCCGCCCGGCCGCCGCAGGCCCGCCGCGCCCGGAUGCGACAGUUACCAGGCUGGAGCCUCGGCCCGUGUCCCGCCCGUUCCGCAAAGCAUGCCGCGGCCCAGGAGCGCCCCCCGCAGCUGCGCUCGCCUGCAGAUCCGGACCGCGCCUGGCCAGCACGCCGCGCCAGCCUGCAGCCCUCCGAGCGGGACGAUGGCCCUGAGCGCCCGCCCCUGAUCCCUCGGCCACGUCGCCGGCAUCGCUAGCAGCCUGAGAGCAGGCUGGGAGCCUCCGGACGCCAGCCCUGCUCCCGGCUCGCCCACAAGAUGUGGACAGCCCUGGUGCUCGCCUGCAUUUCCUCCCUGUCCUUCUCCGAGAGCCGGGUGGCACCCCGGGGUCCAGUGCCCGUGGCCUUCAACCAGACGCAGGCUGACUUGGUCACAAAAAACACAUCCAGGGAAACGACUGGCAGCAUCUUGAACAAAACCUCCGAGGCCAUGACGACGCCCUCUCCUGUCACGGCGGCCAGAGAGACUUCGGGAGCCAACCACAGCUCCCCUGCAGCCACAGCAGGGAGGACCCCCGGGACCAAUGUGGGCACCUCAGCAGCUGCCGCGGGUCCCGCCAACCUCACGGACUCCAGGGUGCCCACGCCGACGUCCACACGGCCACCCCCGGCGUCCACGGCCGCUCCCAGCACGCCCCACACCCAGGCACCCAGCAACGGUACAUUGCCAACCGCAGCGCCUCGGACCACGCUGGCCACCAGCACGCAGACUGCUGCCGCCUCCACAACAAGUGCAGGCGGCGCCCGGGGCUCACAGAGACCCACUGAGCACACCCCCCGCCACUCCACAGCCAGCCCCACCAGUCCCCACGCGCUCCCCACCAGUCCCCACUCACUUAACACAUCCACACAAGGUCCCACCACCCAGCCGUCGACUGCCCGACCCGUGGCAGACACAGCAAGUAGCCCCACCCCGCCCCUGGAGAACACAACCCCAGAGCCCACCCCUUCCAUGGCUUCCAUGUCCACCACUGCGGUGACCACCGAGGGGCCAGCUGCCAGCACGGUGCCAGCUCCUGUGCCGCAUGCCAGCCCCACACCUGGGGUGGAGGCCACGUCCCCCACAACACUGCCAAGCACUGUUUCAUCCACAUGGGGGCCCACGGGGGCCACCACGCCCUCCACACCGGAGCAGGUGCGGCCUGAGGCCACAGGGGGCACUGCUUCCACCGGGCCCACCCCCGGGAGCUCAGGGGACCCUAAGGUGCCAACCACGGACUCGUGCCAGCUCAGCACCCAGGGCCAGUACGUGGCGGUCACCACCAGGGUCCUGCCCCUGUCCCCGGUGAACAGAGGGGCGCUGCUGGCCAUGCUCCUGCUGGGGGUGGCCCUGCUCUUUGCAGUCAUGGUCCAGUUUGCGCUGCAGGCCUACGAGAACUACAAGAAGAAGGACUACACGCAGGUGGACUACCUGAUCAACGGGAUGUACGCGGACUCGGAAAUGUGAGCGGCCGAGGCCGGCCUUCGGCUCCAGCUGGACCCUCGGGGGCUGGGCCCUCCCCUCCUUCCCUGUUCCCUCUGAGACCAAACCAAGUGCUUCCAAACCCUUUGGUGCAAUUCAGGAGAUCCGCCAGACGUUCAAACACAUUCACUUACGGUCACGUCACUAAAAGGCUGCUGCUUUCUUUUCAUA